AAAGCAAUUUCAAUUUCAACUGCGGUUGUCAAACAAUUUCUGUGCUAGCGUGUGCCGCGAAACAUUUUUUAUAGUUUAAAAAGGGAACACACAGAGACGAGUAACAUGGAAAUGGCUUUGAGUGACUUUGGUCGAAAUCGCCGACGUCGUCCUGUCGCAGCCUGCCUGUUAAUCGUCUUGUCGCUGCUCAGCGAUGCGCUGAUGUCGCCGGCUCUGCCACAGCGUGAGGAGAACUAUCCACCGAAUAACGUACUCAGAAUGGCAAAGAUCUUUCACGAUAUAUGCGUUGAGCAAACCGGCGUCAGUGAAGCGGCGAUAAAAGAGUUCAGCGAUGGCGAAAUACACGAGGAUGAGAAGCUUAAGUGCUACAUGAAUUGCCUGUUCCAUGAGUUCGAAGUUGUGGAUGACAAAGGCGAUGUCCAUCUGGAGAUGCUUUUCAGCUCUGUGCCCCACUCAGUAAGGGAUAAUAUGAUGGCAGCCUCAGAGCAUUGCAUACAUCCUGAGGGAGAUACGCUAUGCCACAAGGCCUGGUGGUUCCAUCAGUGCUGGAAGAAAGCCGAUCCCAGGCACUACUUUUUACCAUAAGCCUCCAACUGGUCCGCUCCUGCGUUGUUAAUGUAAUGCUUUAAGGAAUUUGUGUUAAUACAACCCAACCCACUACUAAUUCGUACAAGCUUAUUCUUUUUGGGAAGCAAAUGUGAUCACUUAUUGUAACAUAUAAAAUUUGCACACGUUUCAUAAAUAAAUGUAGAAAAAUGCUUGAUGUACGAAUGGUGGUUUGGGUUAUUAAGCUUUACAGGUGGUGGUGGUAACAUUAUUGCACAUUUUUAAGUUAAGUCAGCGCACACUUCCAUAAGCUAAUAAAAAUAUCUACCUAGUUAGUCGAAGCAA